AUGGCUAACACGCCUCUCAAGGAUCCAAGCCUUAAGAGAUGUUUUGGCAAAAACGCAAAGAUUAUAGAUUGCGACUGGUCAUAUAUAUCUACCCUUCGCACUGUCCAGGCCCCCCACGAACCUAUGCCUCGCCUUGCCGAUCUAUUAGAAUACCUCACUACACCUGGGUUAGAAGAUAUAUGGAUAUUGUUAGAUAUCAAGGAGAUAAUUCGAGCUAACGAGAGUAAAAAGCUGGAUAAUGAUGCAGACCAAUUGAUGAGUUUAAUCGCUUCAUCGAUUAGAGAGGUGAAGCCAACAAGACCUUGGAAUCAGAGAGUUCUACUAGGCUGCUGGGCAAUUCUAGUCGGACCUGGUGGUUCUAAAUUUAUGGCCGAUGCCAAAGCUGCAAAACGAUCCAUGUUAGCGUGGACUGUUAAUGAAGAGCAAUGGAUGAGAUGGUGUAUCAAAAAUAAGAUAGACGGGGUUAUCUCUGAUGACCCCAAGAAGUAUCUGGAAGUGUGUGAGAAAUACGAUUCUGCAAAUUCGAAGGAGCCUGGAUUCGGGCUCAAAGAUUGGGCAUUGAUUAUAUGGUUUAAUUUAUUGGCCAUGCUAUUUUCAAGGCUAUUCAGGUACAGGUAUGGCUUUAAAAUAGACAAGAAAAGGGUUAAAGAAGGCUACGAGACAUCGAAGCGCAAUGCGGAAUUGUCUUCGUGA